UUUAUUUUAUAAAUGGGAGCGUUCGACAUCCGGUCAUAAUCACACGGUACUUGACUGAGAUGGAUUGCACGUGUGAGUUUCACGUAAAGGCCGCAAACAGAUCAACUAUUCAGGAAGAUGGUGGUGUCGAGGCAUAAACAUUAAUAACAUUUUAAUGUUUUAGACUGAACCAUGAGACCUACUGAGUGAAAUCUGUGGACAAAUGAUCUCUGGAUUGAUGGACUUCUCAGGCAACUCUACAAAGUUUCUCUGGGACAACUACCUUUUGUUUUAUUUUUAUAGAAUAAAAUAAACAAAUUUAAUAUGUGGGUACUCAGUAUAGCACAUCAACACAAGCGGCUACUCGUUUGGACUAGAAGAUUGCACAAGAAUUCAGUUUUCUCAGUAGUGGGCUCUCAGUUUACCUCUUACCAUGUGACAGCUACUCUUCUGUGCCCAGAGGACAGUAACAUCAACCCUGUGGCAAGGAGACGCCAUAGACACAAGUCUGUUGGAUCUAAUGGACAGAAAGGCCAUGAGAGGUCAGUUCAGAGUAAAGUCUGGAUGAAUGAGAUCCCAGUGUUGCAGAAGAAGAAUCAGAGGAAGGGAGAUGACCACAGAAUAUCAUCUGAAGUCAGGAAACUGUGUCUGGAGGAUUUCCCUGCAGGGGGGGAGAGGCCAGUGAGACAGAAGUCAGCGCUAGACUCCAAAAUAGAGAACUAUGAGAUUGUUUUUGGCAUCGCUCCCUGUCUCCUGGCUUUGACUCAGGGUAGAAGAAUGACCCAUAAACUGUUUGUAAAAGAUGGCGAGGCCUCUCACAGGGCUUCUGUGUUAAAGGUGUGUGAAGAGGCUCAUCAGCGAGGAGUACAAGUCCAUCGGGUCAGCAAAAAGGAUCUGGACAGUAUGUCUUCUGGACGUGUACAUCAAGGAGUUUGUCUCCUAGCCAGCCCUCUGAACUAUCUCAGCGAGGACAGUGACACUGCACCCAUCAGAACAGACACCCCUCUCUGGCUUGUCCUGGAGGAAAUUCAAGACCCGAUGAAUCUUGGUGCCAUCCUGCGCUCUGCCUAUUUCCUUGGAGUGGACAGAGUUGCCAGCAGUCUUCGCAACAGCUGUCCAUUGUCUCCAGUGGUCAGCAAAGCCAGCUCAGGUGUUAUGGAAGUGACUGGUGUGUAUGGGUAUAAAAACCUUGCAGAUAUGUUGAAGCUGAAGGUGGCACAAGGCUGGCAGGUGGUUGGCACAGUUGGAGCCAAUGCAGAGCAUGCCCAGAUUCCUGUCACUCAGUGUUCAGACUUUCAGAUGACUAAACCCACACUGUUGUUAAUAGGAAGUGAGGGGGAAGGAUUGUCCCAAGAACUGCUCUCUCUGUGCCAAACCCUGCUCACCAUCCCAGCUGGCAGAGAGCUGAUCCCCAGCAUCGAGUCUCUGAAUGUCUCUGUGGCCACAGGCAUCCUGCUGCACUCUCUGCUGAGCUCCAGGAGGUCCACCAGCUGAAGACCACCCUAAAUAUCUGCCUGUACUGUAACCUAAGAUGUAAGAAGGCUGAGAAUGAUCAACAGAAUCACAUGCUUGAGGAAUAAAAUUGAAUACUUCACUGUAAUUUUCAAAAAUGGCUUACAAGAUUAGACUGUGGUGAAAUUUUACAUCUCAUUUCUUAUUGUCAACAAAUCCCAAGAAAACACCAAAACUAACAUAUUUUGAGUAUCUAAAUCCUGAUAUAGUGUAUUCCUUUGUGGAACAGAGUUCCAUUGUUGUCUAAAAAUAAAAAAUACUGGUACUGCAUACCUGUUUUCACUAUGCCAUAGUGGAUUACUGAGUGUAAUGGGCAAAAAUAGCAAAUUAUCAAUUUAAAAUUUAAU